UCUGCAGAACAAACCACGAGGAGCAGAGCUCCACUUCCUCCUGCUACCGGAGAGGUUCAUACUGGAUUUAACUUCCACCAAGUCGACACUUUAAACCUGGAUUGUGUUUCUUUUUAUGCACCUUUGUCUGCACAAAUGCUCCACGGUCGAUGACAGUGGAAAUGCUGGAAGGCCAACCACUUUACAUCAUGGUUUCUUGAGCCGGUUUUCUGCCAACACUUCACAGAGAUUAUUACCACUCUGGGCCAUGACUGAGCUGCUUCCCAACACCAGCAUUCCCGUGGGCACAGCAGCUCUUCUGGUGACCUCUGACUGUCCAUUUAACCUGACUGCGACUGCGCAGACGGGACAUGGCUCUGGCCAGUCACUUCCACCCCUCUGCACCCUCUGCUGCUGUGGGAUGCUCAACCGCACCCUCGCUGUGGCCUUCAUGGUCAGCCUGGCGUUUGCUAUUGUGGUUGGAAAUGUGGUUACUCUGACAGUGUUUGUGCAAACUAGGCAGUCGAGAACACCACAAGGGUACUUGAAAGUGUCUCUGGCCAUAGCAGACAUGAUGGUGGGUGUUGUCGUGGUUCCUUUCUCUGUUUUCACUGAAAUCUCUCUGAUGGUGACCAGCGCUCCUCCCUUGUGGUACCAGGGUGGUACAUCGGCAUCCUUCAGUGACAUGGAGAGCCCCUGGCAGCCCUGCAUGCUGAUUGGUCCCGUGUUUGCGGGAUGCACCUUUGUCUCCAUCAGCACCAUCUUCCUGAUGACUCUGGAGCGCAGCGUGGCCAUCCUGUGGCCGCUCCACAAAGACGCGCUGGUGACCAGAAGGCGAACAUUGCUCCUCAUCCUGCUGUCCUGGGCAGCCAGCUUCCUGCUGGCUCUCGCCCCUCUCAUCUUCAGCAGCAACUUUACUUUGGAGUACAAUGAGUGCAGUCGCAUGUGUAACUAUGCCCCACUGUUGUUUGGAGGCCGACUCCCACCCGAUGCCAACAUUUUGCUGCUGUUCCCAGCGUUUGACUUCACACUUCUGGGUGGCACAUUAGCAGUUAAUGUUGUGUCCUUCACAAGCAUUCGCCGAUACACCCAAAAACGCAAACUGCUCUCAGAGGGGAGUCUGAGUGAUGGAGGGGGAGGAGGAGGAUGCUCCCACAGACCAUCAUUCUCAGACAUUAAGGCUGCAAAGACAAUCGGCAUACUGACAUUUGCCUUCACAGCAUCCUUCUCUCCCAUCGCAGUGUUUGUGCUGGGAAAUGUGGUGGGAUACACGUGGUGCAACUUUUCUUUUCUCGCCUUCUGGAUCCUGACAGGAAACAGCUGCUGUAAUGUCAUCAUCUACAGUGUGAGGGACCACCGCUUCAGGAAGGGUGUGACCCUGCUUUUUCAAAGAGAGCAGUCCCCUCCCCACGGUGAGAAGACCUGAGGACUGUUUUGUUUUAGCAAGCACAUUUUUUGUGGCUCUGGUCCAAAAUAUUAAAUGAUUGCAAUCAUGUUAUCCAAAUGAGGAUCAAUGUGCGGAGUCGAAGCUUUGCAGAAGGGAGAAAAUGUGGAAACAGUCCAUGUUUUUUCCAGAUCUACUUUGGUCUGGGCAAUCAUGCAGGUUGGGAGCUUUUACCACAAAGACAAGGUUUCAAGUCCAGUUGCAAACAAAUCCAGGUGAAUCAACCACAGGUCAACGUUUCAGAGUUGUAUGAAUGUUUCAAGUUGCAGUAACACUUACUCAGCUGAGAAUGUAGUAAAAUUGAGAAGAUCAUAAUUUUCAGUUGCAAGUCAGAGUCGAAGAUGCCAUAAUUUUAACUUUCAUACAUAUUCAAAGAUUGUAAGAAUGCCGUUCUUGGUUUUACCAUACAGAGACAAAG